GGAGCGGUGUACUUGCAUACCUUCCUUUUUGAGCGCGACACUUCCCAUGACAUGGAGGGGCGACACAACAUCGUCUUCUCUCAGUUUUGCCCCUCCAACACGAUCACAAACGUAGGAACGUGUAGAGAUUGCAAAUGUUGGUCAUGGCUCAUGUUUUCGCCUUCAGGCUCUAUAGUGAGUGCAUGACCCUGCAUGGGAUUGGCCCAUGUACUGCGAUGCUAAUCUUUCAAAUACAAUUGACGGCAUAGCCUCUUUUCUUUCAGAAACAUGCAGAUGUAUAUAUCAGGUACUGGGUCGACAUUGGAGAUAUACAAUAUACCAAUUCAGGAGACAUGACAACCUAUUCUUUAUCAUGGUCCUAUUUGGUAUUGUGUGAUCAACAAGCCUCUUUAAGUUCGGACCCGACGCCACUUCUUUGUUCUUCGCGCUCUUUUCGAGCUACGCGUCUUGCUAUCCGAGCCCCUCACCUACUCAACCUACUCAUCGAAUACUGUCAUCUUUUCCUAUUUUCAUCCUUGCAUAGUUAGGUGGUCACCUGAAGACCUGAGGUUUGACUUCCAUCAUGUCGUACGCGACGUGCACUAGGGUCUUUGAGAGGGCCUACGCGUUAGUUCUCUCGUUCUCAGAACGCUGCUCACCCUUCUCCUCUUUCUUCCCGACCUCCCCUUCCCUCUCCAACAAUUCUGGCAUUCUGGUGGCCACCAUGGUGCCCGCCACUCGGACCCUCCGUUUUCCAUCCACAGCGACCUGCCCGUCGAACGCCACCUAUGACCUCGCCGUCUACACUACAUUCGCCGCGGCAAUCCUCAUCUCACUCGGCGCGUCACUCUUUAUUCUCUGUGCCUCACCACCGAAGUCUCGGUCGACAUUGAACUUAGCGUUGUUCGCGGUCUUGGUCACGAUGUUUGCCACUCUAACUUUCAGCUCUCCCGGCCCAUUCUCUGUUCUUCGCGCACUCCUUCAUAGCGAUCAAUUCGACGGUAUCCUCUCAUUCGUCCCCGACACUUUAGAAUUCUACGCCACAGUCUGGCACAAUGCCACAGAACUACCUUAUUUGCGUUGGUUACCUACAGUGGUUGAAUUCUUGGAUACUUUUGCAGGCAUGCAUCGUAUGUAUCUGCAACUGAUGGCUAUAGUCGGGUUCUUCGAGGGUAGGAGGAAACUCACGGCACAAAGGAUCGCAGCAUCAUCAAGACUUGGGAAGGUGGCGAUAUGUGAAAUUGGGCUUCAGGUCGAGGCCGACCUUUGUAUCAGCGGUCUGUUACCUGAAGCGCAGGAGGGUGCUCCUCAUAGCACCUCCUUCAUCAGGGGUGUCCAGCUGACUGAUAUCGAGUCCCUCGACUCGAUUGCCCAACCCAACCCACAAACCAGCGAUGUCUCCAACGAACCAUGGGUCGUUUCCAACGUUGAUGAUAUUACAUCCUCAGAAAAUGUAGACACGUUCCAGUAUCCACUCUCGCAGCUGAAGCGGCGCUAUGCAUUACCGGCAAAUGAACUUCAUAGCGAUUCUGCUUUGAAGCCGACUCCAGAAGAGUACGAAGGUGUGGCGUCAGAUGUGCUUCACCCAGCUGGGUCCUCCUCGUUUGCUGCCGAAACAUCGUCUCCAAAUGGAUCUGGCUCGUUUUCGUGUCCAGGAUUACCUUCCACCACCAUCUCCGCAAUCAUUGAAACGUCUCGUAGUUGCUCUGUGUUAUCGCGGGACGAUAGCUCAACAGACUCUGCAGAAGAGUCUAGCCUCAGCACGUCCACAAGCGAUUCGAGAUCUGCUGGUCUCAACAGCGACACCGGCUAUUCUCGCUUGGGGCAACUCGACACUAAAAACCUCAAUGGUUUAGAAUUAGUUUACCCUGAAGAUCUGGAAGAUUUUGAACAUCAAAUACAUAAUGAAGGCGGUCCCAUGGCAAACGACGUUGAAGGACGCAUUGCUCCCAUUGAUAGCCUCCGGCACGAGCACGCCGCUCAGACAAAUGCUUUGCCUGCGGUGGUGCUGUCUGAGGUAACUCAUGGGGCAGGUGAAACAAAUUCCGUACAUGCACAUGGACUGGUUCCGACCUUCGCACAUACGCCAACACCGAAUCUAAACGCUCCGGUGGCCACACAACCGACACUGGAUGUCACUGGUAACCCUACUCAGGGAGGAUUUUCAUUCAGUCGUCCUCUAGGUCAGAGAGGUGAUAAUCAGAAUCAGAAUGCCCGUUCUGCAACGCUCGACUUGACAAAGUCCUCUAGCGAGGACACAAACACUGCAAAUGAAGUAACAAGCUUUGAAGGCCCAUCGCGGAGCUCUGCUGGAUUUUCCUUUGCGGGUUUAAAGCGUUCUCUUUCCAGGCCACCCAAGGUUAUCUGGAAAGAUCCCUCGGCACAAUCUGGCUCGACACGACGUCUCGGAAACUAUGUGGACAAUGUUCAACGUGCUGAACACCCUCCAGCAACAGCAGAAAGUUCCUUAGCACAUACUUAUAGCUCUAAGAAGCUGCCCCCGCCUCCAGGACUGCCUCCGCCACCAGGACUGCCCCCACCGCCGGGACCUCCUCAACCUUUUCACUUCUCUCGAGAUGCUCACAACAACCCUUUCGCGCUUAAUCCUCACCCUCGCCAGCCGUUUAACGACAUAUCCCAUCUUUUUAGUCCAGACAACGUCCCUGUUGCUAACCUCUACACUGCUAAUAGAAGAGCCGUACAGGCCACGCCGCCCAUCUCAAGUAACCUUCACAGUACCAGAGUUCAUGCUCACGAGAAAAUAAACAAAUGUCCUCCACACAACAGGGGAAUACGGAUGGUGGCAAAUAAACCAGUUGAUGUGGCUCACCGAAGACCAGUCAAACCAUUGCCAAAGAACGUACCAAAGAACAUGCAGGAACCUCUCCUAUUAAUGAAGGAUGCAGAACAGGAUUAUCGCAUAUUAGAAGCGAUCAAUUCCGGUGGUUUCUCCGAUGUCUACAAGGGUAGAGACGGCAGCACAGGCGAACUCGUUGCACUGAAACGCUUCAAAUCUGAUUCCGAAAUAUCCGGUCCCGUUGGCCUUGCACGCGAUAUGGCUUUACAGGAGGUUCGUCUUUAUGCUCGGCUGAAGAAAUUAAAUGCAGAAAAGCAUUCCUUCCCGGAGUACAAGGCUUCUUACGACAAUGGGAAGUUUAUCACAAUCGUCAUGCAACUAUUAGGUCCCGACCUCGGUGACUUGACCACAACAUUGAUGCGGAAAGGACUAGAAUUGUACCCGGGAGACCUACAAGAGAUCACCUUCCGCUUGGUUGACGGCCUUCAUUUUAUACACGGAUUAAAAUCUGUGCAUAAUGACAUAAAGCUCGAGAAUAUUGCACUCGUAGACGGCACAUGGAAACCAAUAGAGGUGAAUGGGAAGUCUUUCGCAAAGUUGGAGUCUACAAAAGUCUGCAUAUUUGACCUCAACGUCGCGCGGGACGAUAGCGAGAAGGCCCCCGAGAUACAAAUUCACGGCGGCACUACCGAGUACUAUUCACCCGAAGUCCUAUGUAAUGCUGGAUGGGGGUCCCCACGAGACUGUUGGGCAUUAGGCCUCACAAUCCACGAAUUGCGGCACCGCAAAUCCCUUUUUACUAUGGAGGCAUACGAUCGAGACGCGAAGACGUGCGCUCUGGAGCAAUUACGCUUCAUAGAAGCUGCACUCGGCCCAUUCCCACCCGACUUGAAACAAGAAGCAGAUGCAACUCUUCUGCUGCCUUCCCCAGAACAUUGUUGUGACUGGACAGAUCAGCUGCAGGAUGCGGCGGAGAAAGUCAGGGACUUUUUCAACCCCAAUGAGCCAUCGGACCCAUUAGAUGACUUCGUGUCCAAGCUACUCGUCGUCAACCCCAGGACUCGCAUGUCAAUGCAGGAUGCACUGAAACACCCGUACAUCAAACAUUUGGCGCGUUCGGGUCUUCACACUCUCAGAUGAUGGGCAAAUGGACUGGGAGGCUCCUUUGCUCCUGUGAUACGACUAAGGCUGCUUCACUGCACUAGUCAGGCCAGUAGAUAUAUCCAUAACGCGGCGCUGCAUGAGUUUUUUCCCCUAGAGUCAUUUUGCUGCAGUGUUUGGCACAUCAGUGCAUCAGGACAGACAUUGGACAAUAUGCCGCCCUGACCCCCCCCCCCCCCCCCGAAUAUGCUAUAUUUUAUGCUGUUUCCCUUGAUUUUUUGUAUCGUUAGCCCGAUCUCCAGUUAUCAUUUAUUUGUAAGACUCAUUAUUGUUAGUUAGAAUGCGCGUAGCAAAGAUCAGAGUAGUGGAGAAACGACGGAAAUGAAGUGUACUUCAGCACUUGCCUUUUCCAGCAGCACGGCCAGGAAGCGACUUCGUUCCCGUUCAAGCCUAGACGUUUGAACCCUGCAGUGCUAGGCUCUGUUCUCUACUGUACAUACAUGCAUGGCAUCCGGUUGAAACAG